GCGCUAACCAACAAUCGAUCGAUUGCACGACACACUUGUGAAGGCCACGACCGCGAUGUCCCUCGACGAAGGCGCCCAGAUCCGCGUGAAGUUCGUGACCAAAAACCCGGCGAUCCGUGUCACCGAGACGCCGUUCGCUGUCCCGAUCAAACUCGCCAGAGCCGGCUUGUCCCAAGUUGUCAACCACUUGCUCAACACGACAGCUCCGAAACCUUUUGACUUUCUUAUUGACAACACAUUUCUGCGCACGACGCUGGAGAAAUACGUGGUGACAAACCACCUGACGGACGAAGCCGUGCUUACCCUCGAGUACGUCGAAGCUCAUUUGGAACCCGAGGAAUCACAGUCCCAGAACCACCCGGACUGGAUCAGCGCAGUCAGUAGCUUCAACGAUAUCGUCGUCACGGGCUGUUACGAUGGCAUCCUCCGUGUGUUUGCAGCGUCGGGGGAACUGCUCGGGUCGGCCAAAGCUCACGACAGUGUGAUCAAAUCGAUAUCGAUUCACCAAAACGUAAUUGUGACCGGCAGUAAGGACCUGAAGGCGAACGUCUGGACGUGGGAUGCUACAAACAAGGCGCUGACGCUGGUCGGCGUUAACGUCGGACAUGCGAACAGCGUGGAUGCAGUAGCUGUAUACGACCAAACGGUCGUGACUGGCAGCUGGGACAACACAGUGCGCGUGUGGUCGGUGCCUGGCGAAUCCUCUCAGGACGUCGAUGACGAUGUUGCUGUGACGAAGAGGCAAAAGACCAAUUCGAAAGUCGCCAAGGCCAAAGUGACCGAACAGCAAGCGUCCACUAUUCUCCCGGGACACACGGCUGCUGUGCUCGCUGUGGCCGUGGAUCCGCAUCAAGCACAUUUUCUGUACUCUGGGUCUAUGGAUCGAUCCAUCAAGCUGUGGGACCUCACCACCGAACGAUGUACUCAAACGAUGACUGGCAGCAGCACUCUCAGCGACAUCAGCGUGUCGACAAAUGGCACGAUUCUCAGCGCCCACCCUGACAACCACAUUCGUCUAUGGGAUCCCCGCGCCGCCAAGGCGGGCACAACGUUGGUCCAAGCAACGUUUUCGUCGCACAAGCAGUGGGUCAGCGCUGUGGAAUGGUCGCCGUCGCACGCACAUCACUUUGUCUCUGCUGGAUACGAUGGAAGUGUGAAACUCUGGGACUCCCGCAGCUCGAUCCCGCUCUUCACGCUGGCGGCACACACCGGCAAGGCUCUGGAUGUCGCCUGGCUACCGAAUCCCAAGCCAGCAUUCGUCAGCGGAGGGGAGGACUGCCAGCUCAAGUUUUACGCGACCACCGCAUAAUUCCAUUCUGUUUCAUAUUUUGCCCGUGUCAAAUCUUUGCUUGGU